AUGAAUAGUUUACCAGUUGAAAGGAACUUAAGUGUCGACGAACAAAUGAUUCCUUACAAGGGACAUUUGCAAAUGAAACAAUAUGUGAAAGGUAAGCCCUGCCCGUGGGGUAUAAAAGCAUUUUUAUUAUGUGGUGAAAGUGGUAUGACAUACAACAUACUUCUUUAUCAAGGAGCUACCACUGAAUUAGAUCAAACGGUACAAAAAAAAUUUGGUCUUGGUGCUAGUGUAGUAUUACACCUAACCCAACAUCUUGAAAAAAAUAGGCAUUAUCUUUAUUUUGACAACUUUUUUGCGACAUUCAAUUUAUUUGAACAGUUGCAAGCCAACCAAAUAUACGCAAUUGGUACUAUUAGAACUAAUCGAUUCGCUAACCCACCCUUAUUAACUGACAAACAGUUAGCCAAAAUGGGUAGAGGUACGGCAUUUGAAAUUUCAACAGAUAUGAAGAACUGCAAUUUAUGUAUGGUGAAAUGGCAUGAUACAAGGUCCGUGUGUUUAGUUUCCAAUUAUAUUGGGUCUGGACAAUUGGAAACUAUUAGACGUUGGGACAAAAAACAAAAAAAGUAUGUCAAUAUUGAAAGGCCGGAAAUAGUUACGGCAUACAAUGCAUCAAUGGGUGGUGUCGAUAAUAUAGACCAACUCAUCAGUUAUUAUCGAACAUUUAUACGCUCAAAAAAAUGGACAUUACGAAUGAUCGUUCAUGCCUUCGAUCUAGUAGUAGCAAACUGUUGGCUGCAAUAUUUAAACGACGCAGACCAUUAUAUCAUUAAAAAAAAAAGAAAAGAUCUGUUGCAUUUUCGUAUGGAGCUAGCGGAAAAUCUAAUAAAAGAGAAUCAAAUUAUAACGCCAAAACGUAGAGGAAGACCUCGUGCAGAUAUCGAAGAAAAUCUCGAUGUAACAUCUAUAUUUAAAGCACGAAAAGUUGACUCUAGUCAGCCAACUAACGAUGUGCGAAAAGAUCGGUUUGAUCAUUUUCCUGGAUUCGAUACAAAAGGGCACACUUCGAGAUGCAAAAAUCCUGGAUGCAAAAGAAAAACGCACGUAUUUUGCACAAAAUGUGAUGUCCAUUUAUGUCUUGAUGGAACCAGUUAUUUAAUAGGAAAAGAAAUUUCAGUCGUAAUAUUAAUUGGAACAAGUAAAAAUGAUUUUACAUUAGAUUUAUUAAAUUGGAAUGAUUUAAUGAAUGAAACUAAUUACAAAAUCGUCAGUUUCGUUAAAUGA